UGCCACAUUCGGCUAUACGCUGCCGCUCCUCCCUGUACGUUAUCGUUUCACGUUCUCUCAUACAGUCCAAGCGUUUUUACCGUAUACACAGUUACUACGAGCGACUCAGCGACGUGAACGUUCCUUGUGUUUACAGUUAUCAAUUUCGGCCCAAAACGCGUCUACUCGGCGGAGUCGGAGCUGUCAGCAGCCAUCAGCUGGGCGAUCGUUCGAGGAGAGGAGCCCGCGGGAGAGGCAUGCUGCAGCCGGUAACCUCGAGGUCUGAAACCAUUCAAGGAUAUCGUCAUCUGGACAAUUUGACCUGCUGAAGAAAAGGUGAGUCAACCGUAGAUCGCGCACGUGCACAGACGGCGAAAAAUUUCACGGCUCUCGCAUUGUCAACUCGAACCGCCCCACACCUGUUAUGGUCGAAGGAAGUUUCAUAAGACGAACGAUGAGUUAGUCGAGGGUGAACGCGGUGCUCCUGCCGAGUCGGUGACAUGCACGAGUGCCAAACGAAGAAGGUAUCAGGGAUGACGUACCUGUUCACGCGCGGGACCCCGCGCCGGGGCUUCGUGUUAAGUAUCAUUGCGCUGCUGUUUCUGCUCGUACUCUAUCAGCUGGGCAUCAUAUGCAGCACACCGAAGGAGCCCAAUGCCAUUAUGGAGGCUAAAGAGAAAUACGUGGUCGGAUCGAAAGACCAGAAGGUUUACCCGUACGGUCGCAGCAUGCCGCUCAUCUUCAUUGGCGGAGUGCCCCGCUCGGGCACGACCCUCAUGCGUGCCAUGAUGGACGCCCAUCCGGAAGUCAGAUGUGGCCAAGAAACGAGAAUAAUUCCGCGGAUACUGCAAAUGCACUCGCACUGGCUGAAAUCGGAACGAGAAAGCGUAAGGCUAGAAGAGGCUGGUGUUUCAAAAGAGGUGAUGAACGCUGCCAUAGCGGCGUUCUGUCUGGAGGUGAUCGCGAGGCACGGCGAGCCUGCCUCGAGGCUCUGCAACAAGGACCCGCUCACCCUGAAGAUGGGCUCCUACGUGCUGGAGCUCUUUCCCAACGCCAAGUUCAUAUUCAUGGUCCGCGACGGCAGAGCUACGGUGCACUCCAUCAUAUCGAGAAAGGUGACGAUAACGGGCUUCGACCUGACGUCGUACCGCCAGUGCAUGAUCAAGUGGAACCAGGCGAUCAGCGUCAUGUACAAGCAGUGCAAGGAACUCGGGCCCGAGCGCUGUCUAAUGGUGCCGUACGAACAGCUGGUCCUGCACCCGCGCGAGUGGAUGCGCAAAAUCCUCGAGUACCUCGACGUGCCCUGGAACGAGGCCGUGCUCCAUCACGAGGAGUUUAUCAACAAACCUGGCGGUGUGCCGCUCAGCAAGGUGGAGCGCUCGUCCGACCAGGUGAUCAAGCCGAUAAACCUGGAGGCGCUGACCAAGUGGGUCGGUAACAUACCGGAGGAAGUGGUGCGCGACAUGGCCGACAUAGCGCCCAUGCUGUCGAUCCUAAACUACGAUCCCUACGCCAAUCCGCCGAAUUACGGGGCGCCCGACAAGGUUGUCAGUGAAAACACGAGAAAAGUCUUAACAAACGGCCAGAUUUGGGAGGACAUAGCCCGACAGUUGGAGCUUGAAAAAACGUCGACGUUCUCAGCGAUGAACCGAACGAACGCGUGACCUCCACCGACACCCCUCGGCGAUCUGUCCACUACAAGAAUGUACGACAGCCGAGCUUCCCGAAGCAGCCACGUGUAAAAUAAACAAAGAAAACGUAUGACAACAAAAGUGCGCCAAGAGCCGACGAUUGCACCCCCUUAUCGCCUCUGAGAAUUCAACUUUCCGUUUUAUCCUUCGAGGGUACAAAUGUCGCGUCUUUUCGGCUCUUGACUAUUAUACUUACAAUGUACGAGGCCAGUUUUGCGAUGUAAAGAGAAAAAGGUCGCGAAAUAAAGUUGAAUAUUGUUGCUGUGUAAUAAAUAUUAAAACACGUCAUGUGAGCGUUUCAAUGAUCUUUCCGAUAAAUUUUACUAGUGUUUGUUAUGCGUAUGUGUGUGUGGGUGUGUAUUUUUUCUUAAGGAUUCGAGUCACUCAAGAGGUGAAAUUUGAAUCGAUUUUGAAGAUCGUUACUUAACUUGUAAAUUACAGACUGCACAUUUUAAUUACUUAAAUAACGAUAAAAUCGAUUUUUUUCAUUUUAUUCAUCCGCUGUUGUGUUGAAUGUCCGAGAUAACGAUUAGGUUUGAAAGCAGCUUAAUGACUUUAAAUAAAUACUGGGCGUGACCGUGUACAGAAACAUGUUCAAGAUUCUGGUACGAGCGUAACUCUUAUAACUUCAUUCAUUAUACGAUGUGUUUUACUUGUUGACCUGCUGAUAGAUUUUUUUUCUGUUGACGAUUGUGUUACGUUGAACCCUACGAUUUUACUAUUUACAAUUACAAAUCAAAUUUCACAACGAUUUUAAUUUAAUGUUAGAUUUUUACGUGCAAUCGCGUUAACUCAACAAAUAUUCUUAGUCUCAUUGUGAAAGGAAAAAAGAAAGUUUAUAGCGUAUUUAGGGCAUUUAGUUGUGUGAGGCAGAUAAACUUACUUAUACUUGUUACAUUCAAUCAUUGUAUAUGACAGAGAAUACAUUUUUUUUGGCUGUUUAUUAAAAUUCUAGAACUAUAUAUUCAAAAGUUGGAAAACUUCGUUAAAAAUCAGUUGUAAAUUAACAAUGAAAUUUUUAAUACAUAAAAAGUAUUUUUAACAAAAUUAUUUGUAUUACUUCAUCUAAAUGUAUUUGAAUUUUGUACAUUCCUGUAUUGUAAUUCUAUUCCUGAAAUGUGAUUCUAAAACUUUUCAAAGCUUUCUUCAUGAUCGCCAUGUGAUGCCUCCGAACUGCGUGGGUUUAUUUGUGCGUUUGAUUCCGAUACGUUUGCUACAUUGAAUGAUUUACUGCCGACGUAGAUAAAGCGGAAACUAUAAAUACUUGUAAAAAGCAAUGAAGAUCUGAUGAGAUAAUUUUUUAAAUAAAGUUUACUACAUAAAAUUACAA